AUGGAUCCCCCCGAUUAUAAUAGGUGUGUGCUGACAUGCCCCGCCCAAACACGACAGAAGUUGGCUGACGCGCGUGAGGGAUUGUCCGAGCACAGCAUCAUUCACUCUCCUUCCUUUACCUUUCUCGUCGGUCCAAAACAUACCAAAUUAACGAUCCAGUCGGCCCUCGCCCAGCAUGUCUCCAAACCGCUUCAUAACCUCAUGAACAAUGGGCAUACCCGGGAAUCGAAGCAUCGUAUCGCAGUUUUGGAGGAUGAGGAUGUCGAGACCUUUGUUGCCUUUUGUGAAUAUGCAUACACGGGAGACUAUACAGUGCCUCUGCUGCCGGCCCCGUGUGAGGAUAUCAGGAAAGGUGUAGUCGAAGCCGCACUGAGCCCUGCAAACUCCUGGAGGGAAACCUAUCGUUCGAAUUCAGUCUCAUCGGCCGUUCCCCCACCGGCUCCAUCGCCGCCAGAGUCUGUUAGAUCCGCCGAACCAGCAGCCCCAGCUCCUACCGAGCCUGAACCAGAGCCUACGCCUGUGAUUGAGGGUGACGGCGCUGGUGAAGAGGUGAAACAGGCAGCGACAACGGAACACGAACUUCUGGCAGAAGAGGAUACAACAAAGAACGAACCGGCAGAGCCUCUCGAGGAUGAAGAAACGUAUCCACUCAAUCCGGGCCAGAAUGCCGAUGUGCCUGCUGCAGACGAAGCCCCGAUCCAGACAAAUCCAGAGCCAGCAGCCGAUGAUGGGGAUUCAGGAACCUGGGAAGAGACACCGGCCAUGAGCAAGAGGAGCAAGAAGAAGACUUUGGAACAAGAACCGACAUGGACCGAGGAGGCUGCUGCCAACUUGACACCGCCAUCAACACCUCCACCGAAAUAUCCAGCAGAGGUGGUUGAUACUCCGCAGAGCCCAGAGCCAGAGAGUCCGCCAGAGGGAGAGUCACAAAGAGAAGAAAAAGUAGUCGAAGCCGAGCCAACUGCCGAACCUGAAGAGGAGGACGCAAAGCCUGCAGAAGAGCAACCUGCAGACACGGAGGUAGAGCCCGCUCAGGAAGAUUGGGAGCAGCCCUCUGCAUAUCCCACCGAUGGCGAUGUCCAGACCCACGGAGAUUCAUGGCCGGAAGAUGAAGUGGAGGAGCAGCAUGACGAAUCCCAACCCCCCAAGCCUGUCAUCGACAUGUCCUUUGCCAAACAGCCCGACUCGUCACCGCGCACACCGGGUCUCAGCCUGUGGGACGAAUUCUCCGCUCUGCAAUACAACAACGAGCAGACCUCUCUGCCCACGGUCGAGGUCUCCAGUUCCAAUGACCUUCCAUACCUGACCUUCCACGCCAAAGUGUACGUCUUUGCCACACGCUAUCUCAUCCCCGCCUUGGCGCAGCUGUGCCUUCAAAAGUUGCACCGAAACCUUUUGCAACUCUCCAUCGCAGACACAGAGAGUCUGGAUCCAUUUUCGGGUCAGAAUUCGGGCGGCUUGGCUGCGCACCAAGCGCCGAUGGUCCUUGAUCUGUUGCGUUACGCCUACACCAAAACGACCCGGCUCGAGCCGAUCAACCCCACAUCGGCAACGCAGCUUCGGGAGAAUGAGUUGCGACGGCUGGUGGUGCACUAUGCAGCAUGCAAAGUAAAGGAUCUGGCGCGAUAUCACUCUCCCGGGGACAGUGAAGCAGCAACACCCACACUGCGGCCCGUCGACUCCAAAGUGGAGCGGGCCAAGGACUCUGCACCGAAGAGUCUCCGGGCCCUGUUAGACAUGACGCCGGAGCUGGCCUCUGACCUUGUCUAUCGCAUGAUGUGA